GGCACCUUGGCUGGAUGGGAACUAGCCUCCACCGUUCAGGAAAGGCAUACAAGAUUUGAUGUGACACAGUGUCAGUGUAACACCGGCCUAAAACAUUGCCUGAUUAUCAGUACCUGAAUAGCGUUGCAAAGAAAAUUAAUUAAUCAUAUACUGUAUCAAACACUCGUAAAACAAUAAAACAUAUGGAUUUUCUCCUUGGACUGUAAACUGGUGACCCAGGCAAGGAAACAGUGCUGAAUGUAGGCAACAUCUACAAACAUUCCAUUGGAAUAACUGCACUUUAUGAGACUGGAGUAAGAAGAUCUGAAUGGUGAAGUUUCAUGCAGCGAUUCCUGGUUGAUCUAGAAAACAGAAUCCAGUGAUCAGUGCUUCCCCAGGCAGCCAGUGAUGGCGCCCAUGGGAAUCAGGCUUUCCCCGCUGGGGAUUGGGGUCGUCUGUCUAUUAGGACUCGGUCUGUUGUACCAUGUGUACUCCAACUUCCUCACUGGUAGGCUCUCCACAUUCCUUGGGGGCGAGAAAGUAGACUCCAGUGUAGGAGGCAUGGUAGACCUCAGAGAACUGCUGGCGGUGUCUGUGAUGGCUGCAGAGUUAGGGGGCAAGGAAGUGAAGAGGGUACGGAUAAGCAACAAUCUCAAUGAACAAGCCAAAAGCAAGACAAGAGAAGGAGCAGAAGAAAAAAUGACCAGAGGGGACAUCCUUUCCAAUAAGAAAAUGUUUCACCUAAUCAAAAACACUUUCCCUGGAGUACAGGUCAACACUGAAGAGCACGUUGAUGCUGGCGAACAGGAACCAGUCUCAUGGAAUCAGAUAAUUCCAGAUGAAAUAAAAAAUGAAAUAAAGGACUCUGUGCUAGUUUCUUCAGACAGUAUUACUAUCUGGAUAGACCCAUUAGAUGCGACGCAGGAGUACACAGAGAACCUGGUCAAGUAUGUGACUACUAUGGUGUGUGUUGCUGUGAAUGGGAAACCUAUCAUUGGAGUAAUACAUAAACCUUUCAUAGGUUACACUGCCUGGGCAAUGGUAGAUGGUGGCUCGAAUAUAAAACAACGCAGUACAUACAAUGAAAAGACCCCAACCAUCAUUGUCUCUCGCUCACAUUCUGGGGAGGUUAAAGAAGUAGCUCUUCAAACAUUUGGCAACAAAACUGAAAUAAUAUCUGCUGGUGGUUCAGGUUAUAAAGUUCUUUCAUUAUUGGAUGUAGCUGAGGAAGAACAAGAUGCUGCUGAUGUCUAUAUUCAUGUGACCUUUAUUAAGAAGUGGGACAUAUGUGCUGGGAAUGCUAUAUUGAAUGCCCUUGGUGGUCACAUGACAACCCUUAAAGGAGAAUCAAUUAUUUAUACAGGAUCAGAUGGGAAUGAAGGGGGACUGUUAGCAAGCGUUGGGCUAGACCAUAAUGCACUUGUUGAAAAAUUAGCUGCAAAGCUUCCAGUGAUUGCAAAGAAGUCGCCAAAGUAAACCAGCAUUUCCAUUCGAUAUUAUUUACAUCAAAACGUUGCCUUGAUUUGUGUUUGUAAGAAGAACAUCACUGUCCUUGUAAAGGACAAUAUAUGUCAAUGUAGUUUGGGACAUUUAUAGACUGACUUCCAUAGACUCUUCUGCUUUUGCAGUUCCAGGUACAAGAAAUAAUAUGCUUCAACAGCUAUAAAUAACAUUGAACCCUUUGGUAUUGCAUCAAGAAACCUUGUAUGCAAAAGUUCAGAAAGGAUGUACAAGUGAAUGAAAAAUCCAUAAUAAACAUUUAAAAUCAAAUAAACAGCAGUGUUUCCUUUCAGCUUUGUCGUGAAAAAAAUAAAAUACAUUGUGCCUUUCAACUUUCACUGUUGUGAAUUGCUAGUAAAUAAGUCACAUCAUUUUCAUUUGAUUAUACAUUUUUAAUGCUUCCAAUUUGUGGUGUAUAUUUCAUACUUUAUUUAUAUAUAUAUAUAUAUAUAUAUAUAUACAUACACAGUAUAUACCUUUUGGCUAACCUAUUGCGAUAUGGCAUCAUAGACUGUUGGGUAAUAUUUGUGUUAUAUUUCAUUAAUAAUAACUGAAUGUCCCUUAAAUUUGCCAUUUCUCUGUCUUGUACUGUAUAAUAUUAAAUGUGCAUUCAGUUUUUUUAUCAUCCUUGUUACAUAACAGAACAAAAGGUUUAAAUAAUUUAUAUACGAGUCAACUUGCUGUAAUUAGAGGCUCUCAGCAAAUAUUUAUAGUUUUCAUAAUAUUAAAGGUUUUCAAUUCUGUUUAAAAUCUUUAUUUAUGGGUGCUCAUUAUGUAUCUUUUUAUAUGAUUUGAAGGCAAGUUUUUUUUAUUUAUAAAACAUGAAACCGUUUGUUCAUAGGCAAAUACAAUGAUAGCAUAUGGCUACUGUAUAACCAUUUAUUUAUUUUGUUUGGUUAUAUGUUCAUGCUUUACGUAGAACUGUCUGCUUUUUUUUCUUCAUUUUUUAAUGUUUUAAAUGAAUAGAGAAACCUCUCCCAUACACAUGAAGCAUGUGUAACAUCAUAUUAGUUUUUUUGGAUGAAAAUGUUGAACUGCUCACUAGGGAUAGCUUCCUCACUGGCUUUUAAUGGUGACUUCUGCACCUUCCUCUUUCAGGUGAAACCAAAAAUUAAAUUGCUUCAAUGUCCCUUUUUAAUUAUUUUGUGAUAAUUUCCAAACAUGAGUUAACAGCUUUAAUACAGGGAUGACAAUAAAAUGAUGUAAAUUAAGAAAUUUUACUAGCUUAAUCGUUUUUGUAUUUCAUUUACCAUGUUGAUGUUUUUUUUCAGCAGACUCAACACAUUUAGAAAUAACUUUUACUUUGCAGAAAUACCCAAAAUACAAGAAAAACCUACAAUAUGAAAUGCAGAAAAAGAUGCAAACACACUUCAUGGGUCCCCAUUUAUCAUUGGUUCCACUUCCCAAAACACUAAAGUUUUUAGGAUUCUCUACCUUUAUUGCUCAAGAGAAAUACUUUAAAGGACCAGUCAACACAGUAGAUUUGCAUAAUCAACAAAUGCAAGAUAACAAGACAAUGCAAUAGCACUUAGUCUGAACUUCACAUGAGUAGUAGAUUUUUUUACUGACAAUUUUAAAAGUUACGUCUUUUUCCACUCCCCCUGUACCAUGUGACAGCCAUCAGCCAAUCACAAAUGCAUACACGUACCAUGUGACAGCCAUCAGCCAUUCACAAAUGCAUACACACUUAUUCUUGCACAUGCUCAGUAGGAGCUGGUGACUCAAAAAGUUUAACUAUAAAAAGACUGUGCACAUUUUGUUAAAUGAAGUCAUUUGGAAAGUUGUUUACAAUAGCAUGCUCUAUCUGAAUAAUGAAAGUUUCAUUUUGAUUGAGUGUCCCUUUAAGUAGACAGUUAAUUUCCCUUCCUAUUACAACCAGCCUUAUCUAUAAGAUUGUGGCAAUGCCUUCUUUCAUAUGACCAGCAUUGUAUUUGGGGUAUGCUAUCCUUAGUGGAUAAAGGCUCCUUGGGGAAACUAAUCCCCAUUUAGUAAACGCAUCAGCUAGGUGAUUAUUAGCAUAAAAAUGACUGUGGUCUGAGACCUCUCUUCCAAAAUGUGAUCUUAAGGCUCCUGUGCAUUAUGGCAGAGUGAUAGGGACUCUAAGAGAUCCCAUAUCUCUCUUAUCAAGCACCUCCCAGAUGACUAGUUAGGUGAUUACCUGCAUCUAAGAGGAUAGACGUCUCUUAAAUGGGUAUCUUGCGGUAUGAGGGGUAAGAUAUGGGUUCUGAGAGCCUUCACCUCUGUACCACUAGCAGUGAAGAAGAACCUCUGUCCCCUAUGCUCUUCCUCAUUAAGUGUCACCAUUUGGUUGAUGUGUGAGUUGUGUUGUUAUUUGGUGCUUAUUUUUAAUUAUUCAUACACAUACAGCAUCAAAUUGGACUUUUAGUGCUGACAACGUAACCCUAACCUACCUGUUAGUUGAUGCUACUUAACAUUCCUAUUGGAGAACUGAAAACAAAUCUGUUGUUUUUAUUCUACUUUUCAAAAAUGACCCUGGUGUAUCGUUAUUUUAUUACUAAGUUGUGUCUUAUAUGCAUAUGAAGACCUUUAAGCAUAGUAGGUGCAGUCAAUGGUAGAUCAGGGUUUGAAAAAAAUAAAUUAAAAAAAAAUUAACGGCUAGGUAAUAUACUGUAGUUUUAAAAAAACCCAUUGAUGUUAAAGGGAUCUCAAACCCAACAUUUGUCUUUCAUGAUUAAGAUAGAGCAUACAAUUGUAAACAACUUUCCAAUUUACUUCUGUUAUCAACGUGUCUUUGUUUUCUUGUUAUCCUUUGUUGAAAAGCAGGGAGUUUGGCAGCAGCAUUGCAACAAUGUUAUACAUUAGUAAGAGCACUAUUUCCUGUCAUGUAGUACUUCAGACAAGUGCACGCUACCUAUCUAGAUAUCUCUUCAACAAAGAAUAGCAAGAGAACACAGCAAAUUGGAAACAAUUGCUGGAACAGAAUUACACAUUGUUACAAUAACCAUAGCUAAAAAUUGCGCUAUUAUCUACAGAUCCAAUGUGAUUUCAAUAGAUUUGUUUAGAUUCAUAUGUAUUUGUUCCCCAGUUAAAAUACUUUCCAACUGUUACAAUUUACCAGGGACAGUCACAGUUUAUGUCAUCAGAUGUGAUCUUUCGAAGCUGCACAUAUAAUGGGGCAUAAUAAUGCCGAAUGUGUGCCAGAUGCAUGAAUGCUUGGCUGGCACAAUGAUUUAUUUUUAUUAUUGUCAGUUAUUUGUAGAGCGCCAAUAGAUGAGGUUAUCAAAGUACUUGGACAUUUUUUACACAAUCACUUUUGGAAAUGCAAGGUUAUUUACUAAAAUGCUUAUAAGUAAAUCUAAAACAGUGGUGUGCAUUUAAGAUUUAAUCUCCUUUUACAAAGUAAAAAAUGAAGAAAACGUGUUAUUACUAUUUUAUACCACAUGGGGGCAGAAGAGAAAUGCAAACAGAAAAUGUAUUUGUUAUGGACUGCAAACAAGGGAAAUAGCAUGAAAAGGAAUGUAUCGGGUUUUGAUAACAUGUCAGAUUAACCCCUAGGUUUAGGAAAACUGCUAAAAUAUUUGUUUAUUUUUUAACACUACGCUAAGAGCUGAAGGGUAUUUUGUAAAUACAUUGUGUAAUAAAGCAGCUUUAUAAAUUUA